UUGCUAUUGAAGGCUAAAUACUUUUUGUUGGAAUUUUGUAGAUUGUGAGAACUUAUGCUAAGGAAUCACUCCUCAUGGAGAUGUUAGAUCUGGCAAAGAAGUUUCAAUUCUUGACUUGUGAGUACAGUGAGAGUGAAAACAAGGAGUCCUAUGAUGUCAGCCUUUUGUUGGAUGGGUUUGAGACAGAGUGGAAGAUGCAUAAAGAUUCUCCUAAAAAGGUGAUAAAGUAUGUGAAAUUGCUGAAAAAUGAAACAGAACAUGUAACAUAUGCCCUGAGGCCAAAAAUGACAGAGGGACUUGAUGUGUUUGAUUGCAAGAUACACAUAAAGCAGGAGGUAUCUGAGGAUCAGGAAGAGGACAUCAAAGUGCUGACAUCCACAGAGUUUGACAUCCACUGGAUGUUACCACACCUGUUUAAAACAUCCAGAGAAACCUCUGACUUGGGUGAGUCCAGCCUUAUGGGUGGCAAGUCCCUUGUUAAGAAUAUACAGAAGAAAAGGAAAUACAUCGAUGACGACGAUGAUGAUGAUGAUGAUGACAGCAGUUUCCAUCAUGGCAACCCUUCAACAUCAAAACAAAUCAAGUUGACACCAAGCAAUACAUCCCCUGCUAAAAGAAAAAAUGCUACAUCAACUAAAAAAUGGAAGACUUCAGAUGAUGAAGAUGACCAACUAAGAUGGGGGCCAGUCUCUGACCAGGAACGGGAGAAGCAAGGUGACGCCAACUACCAAACAAGUGGCAAUUUAGUUCACGAAUCCCCACCUUUACCAGUCACUGACCACCGCCUGGAGGAACAACGUGGCGUCCACUUUCAAGCAAGGAGGAAAUCAGGCCAUGACCCUGUGGCUACUGGGGAUCAAGACCAGGGUGUCACCAGAACAAUGGAAAACCAAGCUCUUAACCAGGCCCAUGGGGAUAAUCAGUUAGUAAGGUUACCUGCGGCAGUGACACAUGAGAUUGCUGGAGUUCUAAGACAGAUCCCUGCUAAUUCAGGCAACACCAAUGUUACCCUCAAUUUGCAGCUGGUUAACCAAUAUUAUAACUCAGAAAAGGCAUCAAUGACACACAUGAAAGAGAACGAUGUGACAACAUCUUUUCAUAAACAUAUUCCUCCACGUUUGAAAAAACGACUGAAUGAGACACUUUCUCAAGAUGAUGUAUGGGACCAAGUAAAGAAGAUGUAUGGCAUUUCAGAUGAAGCCCCACGUCCUCCCGAUAUUGUGUCUUCUUUGUUGUCUCAAGUUAAGGGUUCCAUUGCAUCUUUCAUCAUUGUUUUGUUAAAGUUAAAAGAACGCCACAGAGAAGGACAGCAAGACAUUCCACAAGAUUUGAUUGAUGAAGUCAAGGAUGGGCUUAAGAGUGAAAUGGAGUAUAAGAAACUUAAACAGAAUAAGAUUCACUUUGCUGAGGAACUUUAUAUUGAUAUUGGAAGUAUUUUAGAUUACUGUAAUCAAGAUGACAUGGUACCAGAUGAAGAGAUUACAGUGCUUAAAAAUACUGCCAAGGAAAAUCCAAGAGAUGCCUGUAGAAAGCUGUUUGAAAGACUAAUUGCAAGUAACCCUGAAAAACAACCAAUCAAAUAUUUGAAAGAUGUCCUCAGAAAGUGCCAACAUUGGCAUCUGGCAGAUGAACUAGAAGUUAGCCACCAGGAUGUAGAGGAUGAAUUACAGAAAUAUGAAGUCGGAGGAUAUCCGGCUACUUGUGAAGAGCCGUCGGCGAUAGGAAUUUAAGCUCUCCCACACCUGUUACAGGUGAAAACCGUAUUGAAGAACAUUAAAACUACAUGUGUACAAUGUUUGACAGUAUGAUUUUUAUGCUUUUUGGGUCACCGUUGACUAUGAACCUAUGGUGUUUUUCCACCAUAUUACUUGCAUGCUUUAGAUAUUGUUAUCACAUAAAAUAAAGUGACUUUCUAUUUCCAGUGAUAUUGAACAAACUUGUGAAAAGCCGUUGGCGUUAGGAAUUUAAGCUCCAUCCACACCCUAUUGGAGCACAUUAAAACUACUUGAGUACAGUGUUUGACAGUAUGUGUCAAGAUUUUUUUAUCCUACUUGGGUCACCGUGGACAAAGAACCUAUGGUGUAUAUCCACCAUAUUACUUGCAUGCUUUAGAUAUUGUCAUCAGAUAAAUAAAGUGACUUCUGUUUUUAGUGAUUUUGAGCAAACUUGCUGAAAAUCUACAAUGGGACAGUCCAUGAUGCAAUAUAGAUAUUUCCCACAUUUCAUACUAAGAGCAUUAUUUGUGUUGUGAUACUCAUCUCUACUAAAACACAUAAUACCAUGUGUAGAGGUGUCCUCGAAGAAGUAUCUGCUGCUGUUUACCAUCAUCAGAGCCAGUGUAGACAUUCCAGUACUUGUAAAUAUUUAGCUGACAAUAAUGACACAUACUUAAUUAAGACAAUCCAGUAGUUGUAAAGUACUUGUAUAUAUUUAGCUGAAAAUAAUGCCAUAUACUCAUUAAGACAAUCUAGUAGUUGUAAAGUACUUGUAUAUAUUUAGCUGAAAAUAAUGCCAUAUACUUAUUAAGACAAUCUAGUAGUUGUAAAGUACUUGUAUAUAUUUAGCUGAAAAUAAUGUCAUAUACUUAUUAAGACAAUCUAGUAGUUGCCUACUACAAGCUGUAGGGGGUAAUUAACUUUCGUGCCAGCUCGGCUGACAGCUAUUUAGCGUGAACCCACAGGGAGUUAGGUAGAUCUAGUUUGGAUCGAUCUAAUCUCUGGGAAUGGGGUCUAAGACAGUGCUCUAGUACUUGUUAAGUAGUUGUAAAUAUUGAUUUGAAAAUACUGACAGUACUUACGGCUCCCUAGUAAUUGCAGAAAGCUUUUAGUAAAUAUUUAGCUGAAAAUACUGAUAAUACUUAUUGAGAGCUUCUAGUAAAUAUUUAGCUGAAAAUACUGAUAAUACUUAUUGAGAGCUUCUAGUAAAUAUUUAGUUGAAAAUACUGAUAAUACUUAUUGAGAGCUUCUAGUAAAAUUUAGCUGAAAAUACCAACAAUACUUAAAUAAGACACUCCUGUAAAGUACUUGUAAAGUACCAGUAAAUAUUGGAUUGUAAAAUACUGACAACAGAUAGUAAAAUAUAUAUAUACCUCUCUAAAUAACUGAUUUAAUCUGGGUAAAUAGUCCAGUUAUUACAUUAAUCACCUUCACAUUCAUAUCUUUUGACAUGCGUGCUUAUUUCAAUAUAUAAAUAGUACACCAGUGUAUGUCUCCUUUUCCUUUUUAUGUACAGACACUGUCUGGAUAUUUAGGCAUCACCUGCAUUUGCUACUGUCUUUAGUGUUGCCUUGCUGCACUUUCUUCAUUUACAUUAUAAAUACACGGGGAAUUCAAAGUUCCUUCAGAUGUUAGUGCAGAUUGAAUUUAACCACAGUGAAAAGAAUUGUGAGCUGUUUGUUAAUUAUCUGAAGUAUCACAACAAGGUCAAUUUGAAAACAACGAACUGAAAAACUGACAAAACUGAAAUGAAUAUCCAUCUUUCAAAAACUUAUAUUUGUGGGUUAUCA